UCGCCCGCAGCACUGACCCCCAUAACACUCUAGGCUUUUAUGGGCGUCCAACCGCAGUGCUCACUCUCUGGAUGGAGGAACAUGAUUUAUUGGUUCCUUCAGUUAGCCGCAUCCGAUGCCCUGGCCCAAGACGUGGACGUUAAAACACUGUCAGUGCAGGGUUUGGGGGGGAACGUGCUCACCCGGCGGCAGCUUCCCAGGUCCCGAAGAGGUCUGCGCGUGUCUGGACUCCCCGCCGGCCCACAGAGUAAGGCCGGCUCGGGCUCCUGCGCUGCAGCGGAGGUCCCGGCGCGCACGGGGGCAGGUCUGGCCUCAGGCUGACUUCCCGCCGCCGCCACUCAUCCAGUUCUUUCUCCAGGCGACGUUCUCUUGCGUGGCCACGGCCUCCUGCAGAGUGGCCAGAAGUAGCUCUUUGGUCCCGGCCACCUCGUCCCUGCGCUGCGGGUCCUGCUCCGGCAUCUCCUGCGGGCAGAAAGGGAGGUUCGUAGUCCGGGCUACCAGCCUGCGGUUCUCCGCCCGCUCGCCCCAUCUCGGCCUCCCAGCUGCUCACACCUUUAGCAUCGCCUGCUUCUGCUGCUCUCCCGGGGUCACGAGGACAAAGAGCGCGGUGCCCACGCCAGCCCCCACGCCCAGCACUGCGCCCACGAUCAACGCUUUGCGCAGGGUCUCCAUGGCCGACCGCGCGACCAGCGAGACGCACUCCGGAGCCUCCAGUAGCCUAGCAAGGCCGCCGCGACGUCUCAAUCUGCGCAGGCUAGAACGCCUCACACAGGAAACCAUAGAGACGGGGCCGGGCUAGAGAGGGCCCGGCCAGAGAAACGUUUCGAAGCUAGAGCGCCUGGGUGUUAAGACUAGGUUUAGCUGAGGAGGUUGACCACGUCAAGAGGUGUUGGCACCCAGGGCCGAGCGUGGGGCCCCUUGUCAUGAAAUCCCGAGGAGGAUUGCUAAGGGGAGUGUAAGUGUCUUCAUUGUUGCUGUGAGUUUUACAAUUGCCCAGCUCCGGAAUGUCCUGAUCAAUAGAGGGUCAAGGCUGUGCUCUGUGCUUUUCCAAUACACUACGUAAGGACAUUCAGAUACUUAUAAACAUCAAUCUAUUGACUGCCUUCAAUCCCUUCAACUCCUGAACAAAAACUCAAAGCCAAGUGUACCGGGUGGGGGGAAGGGUAUAUUUAUGUUUUCUUUUUAUUUUACUUGUUGAAAGUAAACGUUACCUUUCUCUUAACGGUAUAUAACCUUUUUUUUUUUUUUUAAACCAUGGAUUUUGUGUAACAUACCGAAUUCUAGUUUGGAGAAGAAAACACCUCUUAGUUGUGUGACCCCGGGCAAAUCGUUUAAGUUCUUUGUUUCUCGGUUUCUGCAUCGGAAAAUGAGGCUAAUAACAGUAUUUAUCUCAUAGUUUUAGGAUAAUUAAAUAAGUUUAUAUGAAAAGCAUUUAAAACAGUUCCUGGCAAAUAGCAUACACCAUAAAAAUAUUCAUUAAAUAAGAUACAAAGAAACAUGUCAAUGAGGGAGACCCAGUAAGAACCAGAAAAUUCCAAGUUUGUUAUCAAAGCUCUUCACUCACAGGGCUUUAAUCCAGAUGCCCUCGUUAACUCCUACUAACGCCUUUCCCAGUGUCACCAGGGAGUGAGUAGAAAUAAAGCUCCUAUCCCACCUCUUGGGAUUGUCCCCUCCCCUGAAAGGCCCAUAAUCUCCUUGCAUGUCAGCCUCUUCUCCUCAGAAGUGAUUAAGGGGCCAGGCGCCAAAGCAGAUUAGAAGAACAGUCUGUGGGGUGCUCUGGGCAGGGAUACUCUACUGAGUUCAACCACCCUGCACUCCAAGAAUCAGCACCCAUGGCCCUUGUGCCAGGGAGCAGCGAGGAUGGGCCUUGGCCUAGAGAUAGCCCAGGCUCCUGCCAGCAACCGGAAAGUCCUAGACUCACCAACCCUCUCUGGGACGACAGAGGAGAAAUUGGCCAGGUUGAAGGUCACCAGGAUGUUCAGGUUGUCUGUCAAAAGACCCGCCUCCCCUCCAUCGUGGUGGAAGCCGCUGAGGCUGAAGGGAGUGAAGAGAGUGGGGAGCUCCGGUGGCCACACAAGGAGCUGCAGCUGCUCACUGAUGAUGAGGAAGAGGAGGUUGAGGUCUUCCAGGACCAAAGUGAAGAACCAGGCUGGACUUGGAGCUCACUGGACCCCAAAUCUCCCUUAAGAACCUUUAACCCAGAACUCAGCUGGGGGCAGGAACAGGUAGAUCAAGAUGCCUACUGGAUUCCAGAGGAGACAGAUUGUCAGGAAGCCCCCAAUCCCUGUCCUCUCUGGGACUCGGCAUCAGGUUCCCAUGUGUGCAGAAGCUGCUUUGUGGAAUAUUCCCAUUUCCUGCCUCCCAGGAGCUUUGAGGGAUCUGAAGAAGAAGCUGUUCAAGCGACGGCGGGUGUUGAACCGGGAGCGGCGACUGAAGCACCAGGUGGUCGGGGCUGUGAUAGACGAAGGGCUGAUCACGAGGCACCACCUCAAGAAGCGGGCGUCCAGUGCACGUGCCAACAUUACUCUGUCUGGGAAGAAGCGCAGAAAACUCCUCCAGCAGAUCCGGCUUGCCCAGAAAGAGAAAGCAGCCAUGGAAGUGGAAGCCCCCCUCAAGUCAGCCAAGACUAGUGAACCACAGCCCAAAUCAAAAAAGAAGACAAAAGUCCCCCAGGAUGUAGACAUGGAGGACCUUGAAGAUAAGAGCUAAAUGUCACACCCCUUCCACCAGAAGAUUCUCAGCUGGAGCCAGGAGGACUCGAUGGUUAUUUCAGAGGACUUUGGAGAAAGCGUUGCUCCUUUUCACUGUCCCCAGAUUCCUCUUCCCUAAUGGCCUAGUGACCUGCCCUGGAGGGAUAUAUUGAGAGGUAGAGGGUAGAAAAGAAAGAUUGGAGAGGGGGUCCUAAGCAGUCAACUCCGUUUGUAAAAAAGCCCUAGCAUUCUCACUGAGAUGUGUGUGAUUAAAUGUAGGAAUGGGGAUAGGCCAUGAAAAGGGGCUGUGAGUGUGGAAACAAGACAAUUAGGAAACAGGACCCACAGCUCUUACUUGACCAAAGGCAACAAGAAGCUACCCUCCAUGAUGGCCCUGUCUCCCCGAUGAGUGACACUCCAUCUUUCCAUUUCUGACAAAAAUAAGGUGUUCUGUAGAGAUAGCAGAGGAGGUAAUGGUCUUGAUACUGGCCCUACCACCUCCUCUGUGUGACCAGGGUGGACAAGUGACCGUGGUUGUCUCUGCUUCCUUUGCUGGAUUAUAUUUUUAUAAAGUGAACAUUAUUUUUCCCUUUUAACGUUCAGAAAUUCUGUUUGUUGGAAGCCAGGGCUGGGGUGGUUAAUUAAAGUGAGAAGCUAUGUGUGCAGAGAUGUGGUCAACUGGGGAAAAGCAUAUUCUCUCCUUGCUCUGUUAAUCAGUGCAGGCUUCCUGGAAGAGGGAGGGUUUGGGUACAGUGUUGUGCUCCGCCCUCCUCAAGUUUAUAUUUUGAACAUUUUCAAACCUUCGGUAAAGUUAAGAAAUUAGCACACUGAGCCCUUAAAUAUGCACUCUACUUGGAUUUACCAGUUUUUAACAUUCGGCUAUACUUGAUCUCCUUACCCGCUUGCAUAUAUAUGUGUGUGUUCAAGUAUGUAUAAUUGUUGUCUUUGCUGACUCAUUUGAAAGUCAGUUGCAGAUGAGAUUUUAUCCCUUAGUACAUGCUUCUAUAUAGCCAAAACACCUAAGACAUUUAACAUUGGUGGAAUAGCUAAAAUUCAGGUUUUCAUAUUCACAUUUCCUCAGCUGUGGAUAAUAUUUUUUAUAGCUGUUUAUUGUUUCCUCAAUCCAGACACCGUUAAGGAUCACGCAUAGCAUUUAAUUGUCAUGUCCCUUUAGUCUCCUUCAAUCCAGAACAGUACCCCUACCUUGUCUUAGGUGACUUGGUGUCUUCGAAGAGUCUAGCCUAAAUUAAUUAAUUAAAGAAUAUCUCACAGCC